AUGCCGUCCACCUACAAGAGAGAGAAACCGUGGGAUACGGAUGAUAUCGAUAAAUGGGCGAUCGAACCCUUCAAACCCGAUGAUAACGUUGCCGGCAACUUCGCUGAAGAAUCCUCAUUCGCGACCCUUUUCCCCAAAUACCGAGAACAGUACCUGAAGGAGGCAUGGCCUGUUAUUACGAGAGCGCUGGAGAAACAAGGAAUCGCUUGCACGCUGGAUUUGGUGGAGGGUAGCAUGACCGUCAAGACGACGAGGAAAACUUUUGAUCCGGCCUCCAUCCUGAAGGCCCGCGAUUUGAUCAAGUUGCUGUCCCGAAGUGUGCCUGUGCAGCAGGCCCUCAAAAUCCUCCAAGAUGACAUGGCAUGCGAUGUCAUCAAGAUCCGAAACCAAGUGCGCAACAAGGAACGAUUCGUUAAGCGUCGUCAACGUAUUCUCGGCCCCCAAGGUUCCACGUUGAAGGCUCUGGAGCUCUUGACCGGCACCUACAUUCUGGUACAAGGAAACACCGUCGCGGCGAUGGGUCCCUUCAAGGGCUUGAAGGAGGUUCGCAAGGUUGUGAACGACUGCAUGGCCAACAUCCAUCCGAUCUACCACAUCAAAGAGCUUAUGAUCAAGCGCGAGCUGGCCAAGGACCCGACGCUGGCCAACGAAUCCUGGGACCGAUUCCUGCCCAACUUCAAGAAGCGCACCCUGUCCAAGCGUCACACCCCGUUCAAGGUCACCGACAAGACCAAGAAGGUGUAUACUCCUUUCCCUCCGGCGCCGGAGAAGAGCAAGGUGGAUCUGCAGAUCGAGUCGGGCGAGUACUUCUUGUCCAAGGAGGCCAAGGACCGCAAGCAGAAGGAGGAGGUUAUGGAGAAGCAGCGCGAGAAGCGCGAGGCGAAGAUGAAGGAGCGGGAGAAGGCGUUCGUGCCGCCCGAGGAACUCGAGGCUGCCGAAAAGAAGAAGGAGAAGAAAGAGAAGAAGAAGCGCAAGCGCGAGGCGGAGGCAGAGGCGGACUCCGCCGAGGCAUCCGAGAAGAAGGAAAAGAAGAAGAAGAAGAGCAAGUCGAAAGAGAGCGCCUCGGACGGAGAAGCCUAA